UUACACAUAGGCGUAGAAUCUCUUUGGGAUCCUGCCCAUUCCUCUGCCCCUCGCGUCCGUCCCGAAACUGGGGGACUACAAGUCCCGGUAGGCUUCCGGAACUUAGCUCUGACUGUACGUGCGCACUCAGCUGCCCGCCGGAAGAAUCGAGCUUGGCUGUGUUUAUCUUGUUGGGGACCGAGUCGUCGGUUGACGCUCAGCGGGUUCCAGGCUGCCCGCGACCCCGCCCCGGCCCGGCCUGGCAAGGUAGCAGAGACAGCAGGCCGUGCCGGGGGGGCAUGUUGCUGUGACCAGUGGCCCAGGGGAUGUUACGGUGGACAGUGCACCUGGAGGGCGGGCCCCGCAGGGUGAACCAUGCUGCAGUGGCUGUCGGGCACCGAGUCUACUCCUUUGGGGGUUACUGCUCUGGUGAAGACUAUGAAACACUGCGCCAGAUUGAUGUGCACAUUUUCAAUGCAGUGUCCUUGCGCUGGACAAAGCUGCCCCCAGUGAGACCCACCAUCCGUGGGCAUGCUCCUGUGGUACCAUACAUGCGGUAUGGACACUCUACCGUCCUCAUCGACGACACGGUCUUCCUUUGGGGCGGGCGGAAUGACACAGAAGGGGCCUGCAAUGUGCUCUAUGCCUUUGACGUCAAUACGCACAAGUGGUCCACACCCCGUGUGUCAGGAACAGUUCCUGGAGCCCGGGAUGGACAUUCGGCUUGUGUCUUGGGCAAGACCAUGUACAUUUUUGGAGGCUAUGAGCAGCUGGCUGACUGCUUUUCCAAUGACAUUCACAAGCUGGACACCAGCACCAUGACGUGGACCCUUAUCUGUACAAAGGGCAAUCCUGCACGCUGGAGGGACUUCCACUCAGCCACAAUGCUGGGCAGUCACAUGUAUGUCUUUGGGGGCCGCGCCGACCGCUUUGGGCCAUUCCAUUCCAACAAUGAAAUUUACUGCAACCGCAUCCGAGUCUUUGACACCAGGACUGAGGCCUGGCUGGACUGUCCGCCCACUCCAGUGCUGCCAGAGGGGCGCCGGAGCCACUCAGCCUUUGGCUACAAUGGAGAGCUGUACAUCUUUGGUGGCUAUAAUGCAAGGUUGAACCGGCACUUCCAUGACCUGUGGAAGUUUAACCCUGUGUCCUUUACCUGGAAAAAGAUUGAACCGAAGGGAAAGGGGCCAUGUCCUCGCCGGCGCCAGUGCUGCUGUAUUGUUGGUGACAAGAUUGUCCUCUUUGGGGGUACCAGUCCAUCUCCUGAGGAAGGCCUGGUGGAUGACUUUGACCUCAUAGAUCAUUCUGACCUACACAUUUUGGACUUUAACACAUCUAACAUGUCAUUUGAGGAGCUGUUGGAGUUGCAGAGCCAAGUGGGGACUAAGAAUUACAAACAAUUGGUAGCUGGAAACAGCACUAAGAAGCAAGGUUCUAGACCACCUGUCCAAAAUGCGUGUGUUGCAGACAAGCACAGGCCUCUGGAAAUGUCAGCCAAGGUCCGGGUGCCAUUUUUGCGUCAGGUUGUUCCCAUCAGUAAGAAGGUAGCCCGGGACCCCCGCUUUGAUGAUUUGUCAGGGGAAUAUAAUCCUGAAGUGUUUGACAAAACAUACCAAUUCCUGAAUGAUAUCCGAGCCAAAGAGAAAGAGCUUGUGAAAAAGCAAUUGAAGAAGCACCGUUCAGGGGAGGAGCAUGAGAAGCUGCAGUUGCUGCUUCAGCGGAUGGAGCAGCAAGAAAUGGCACAGCAGGAACGAAAGCGGCAGCAGGAGCUGCACCUGGCUCUGAAGCAGGAGCGGCGGGCUCAGGCCCAGCAGGGCCAUCGUCCAUACUUCCUGAAGAAAUCUGAGCAGCGCCAGUUGGCCCUAGCUGAAAAGUUCAAGGAGCUGAAACGUAGCAAGAAGCUAGACAGCUUCUUGACUCGAAAAAGGCGCCGAAACGCAGGCAAGGACAGGAGACAUCUCCCUUUGAACAAAGACUGAUGAGGAAUUGUCCUCAGCUCUGCUGCUGCCCCAAUGAGAAAUGGAUCUGUAGGGACAGACUCAGGCUGGGCCUGCCCUGGUUCUUUCCCAUUCAAGGACAAGAAUCACAGCUGCUCUUUGACUAAACUGGUUCAGAAAUGACUUGAGGGUUCUUGGACUGCCCCAGGGCUGGAUAAUAAGAGCAACUCAGCCUUCCGCCAUGCUAUACUUACUCUGCUUGGACCUGGUGCAUCAUGUCCUCCUGGCCUCCAAUCUUUGCAUUAAACCAAUGAUUCUGACUGAGGAAAAAAGGGUCAGUGACCUCCAGGCUGGAGAAGGCCAUGCAGUCUAUUGAUGGCUCCCAGGACUCAGACUUUAUGUAGGAGCCAGUUCAUAAAUAUUCUUGUCACUCA